ACAGGUGAAACGGGCGCUGUACCUUAUUGCUGAUCAAGUAAUUACUCCUUCGCAACGAUUUGAAGUCCAUUCUUAUAUUGAUGAAUAUACCUGUUGUCCUCCACCGCUUUUUGUUCUUCUGAUAUCCAUAGUUGAGUUAUUCGUAUUCUUCUACUACUACUGGACAGAACCACCGAAGCCAAACGAGGAUAUUUUCUCAUUCUGCUCAGGUUGUGUGGUGAAUCACCACGUUGGCCCAUUGAUGUUCUCUCCCAAGAUGAAAACCCAGUUGUGGCGAUUCAUCACGUACGCAUUCCUUCAUGCUGGUUUGUUACAUUUACUCGGGAAUAUGGUGGUGCAGAUUCUGAUAGGCGUACCUCUUGAGGUGGUGCACAAACCCUGGCGAAUAGGUCCUCUCUAUGUUAUGGCUGUUUUAUCAGGAUCUCUACUACAGUACACCCUCGAUCCGAAAGUCUAUGUUGUUGGCGCUUCAGCUGGCGUCUAUGCACUUUUAACGGCCCAUUUGGCAAAUGUCGUCAUCAAUUGGGCUGAAAUGCCUUUCCGUUGGGUGCGGCUUACCUUGAUCACAAUUUUUCUCAUAUUCGAUAUAGGAACAGCAAUUAUUCGUCGCUUUGCUUCCGACGAAUGUGAUACAGUAUCCCAUUCAGCUCAUAUCGCGGGUGGAAUCACUGGGUUUUGCUUUGGUGUCGUGAUUCUCUACAAUGUGGUGGAGCGUCCAUGGGAGAAGAUCAUCAAGUACAUAUGUAUUGCGCUGUAUGUAGGAUUUUUUGCUUUCAUUGUAUCGCUGACAAUCUUCCAAGAUCCCGAUUCUACUCCACUAUGGGAUUCAAGUCAAUGCACAGAAGACUAA